GGUUUAUCGUCCGUCCUAAAAGUGCAAAAUGUGGAGAAGAGGGGAUUUCGUCUGGAAAAGGGCAGGAUCACGCCGUUUCCAGAGCGCCGUCAGACGUAACGUCGUCGAGGAUGAGGGUGACUGGAAGUACGCUUCUGAAUGGUGGGGAGCCGAGGGAUCUGACGGCGGCCACACGGUUUUCCGGUCCACGUCGGAUCACGGUAACGGCGUCGUCUCCGUCGUCUCUUACCCUUGUUCGAAGCCGGCUCCAGAACAAUUGCCAGCUGUAGAGAAGUGGCUUCAACAAAGGUACACAAAGCUCCACCCAGAAUUCGAACACAAUGAGCAGUUUAAGGUACUUGGUUAUCAAUGGCGCGUUCUUCACUUUAAUGACAACACUCGUCAAAGCGCUACCAAAGUAAUGGCUGCAUACAGAAAAUCAGACCCUGCAUCAUUAUAUUUAAUGCAACAGCCAAAUUGUUUGCCCGUCCCAUAUUUAAAAAGUAUGGUAUCAGCUGGAUUGACUUCGUUAGCUUCUUCGGGUUAUGAUAUUUUUGAAGCAGUUGCUGGAAAGAGAACUCUAAAUGUUCUAUGCAUUGGUCAUGGAGGUGGUAAUCUACCUUUAUUCUUGGCCAGUAAAAUUAAAGGUGCCAAUGUCCACAGUGUCGAGAUUGAUCCUGUUGUAAUUGCCGCCUCCACUCAAGUAAUGGGCUUUCCUUCAUCUACUGUAAUGGAAAAAACUUUAGUUCAAAUAUCCUCCCCACAACCUACUGAUUCCGAACAAUUACUUUGGCAAGAUGUCCAUCAGCGAAUUUCUUUGUACAGAGCAGACGCUGAGGAUUUCAUUCUUAACUCUUCAAACACCUAUGAUUUAAUGUUUGUGGAUGCUUACGAUGGCGAUGACAUUUUUCCACACAAACUGUGGGAUCCAAAGGGUUUGUUUCUUAAAUCUCUCAAAGAGAGGCUUCAUCCUGUCCAUGGAACUGUUGCUGUCAAUCUUCAUUCAGAUUCAGAUGUUUUGGCUUCUGGGAUGGCCGUUAAUUGUUCUUCUGAGUUCAUUUUGCCCAUGGGAAAAUAUAUAUCACAGGUUUGCAGAUCUUAUAAGGAUAAUAUUGGGUUGGCUUACAAGGUUUCGGUUCCUUGGCUUUGCAAUAUCACUUUGGUUGCGAGUACCGGUGUGGGGUUGAGAAAUGGCAGUGGAGGGGUUACUGUUAGUAGGGAUUUGAUACUGAGUUCUCUUGUAUCCAAAUCCAAUUUGGUGGAGCUUUUGCUUGACUUGCCAUUUCCUUGUUUGGAAUACAUCAAGAGAGGAUUUGUGCUGGUUGAUUGAUAAAUUAGGAUACCGUUUUUCUUUUUUCAUUGUUGUAUGUUAGAUAUUUCUCCUAUGUCAUAUAGGUGAUAGAGAGUUUAGCAAUGGGAUGCCCAGUAGGUCACAUGGUAAAGCCGUUUCGCUCCCUCAUGCGGGGUCUGGGUUUGAUUGUUGUAUGUUAGAUAUUUCUCCUAUGUCAUAUAGGUAAUAGGGAGUUUAGCAAUGGGAUGCCCAGUAGGUCACAUGGUAAAGCCGUUUCGCUUCCUCAUGGGCGGUCUGGGUUCGAUUCCCGUCUGCGCCAAAGGCACCAUCCAAAAAAAUAGAGAGAUUAGCGAUAGUUGUGUAAUGAAAUCAUGAACGAUUCCAGUUUUCUGUGGCCAUGGAAACAUUCUUUGAUAUUUCUCUUCAAGAAUAAACAUGACGUGAACUAUAUGUAAUAGCUAUGGAAUUUUGGAUAGUUUGUUCUUUUAACUGGCAUUUGCUGCCAUUCAGAAUUUUGCAUAAAGAUCCCCAUCAAUUUCUUUUUCACGUUUUGUAAUUUUGCAGUUCUGUUAUGUAAUUGUUGGCAGUUGGACACUCUUUUAAUAUGUUCACAGUCGGUUUUUGUAAGUAUGGAUGAACAGAUCAAUGUUUACAUCUAUGAUAAAAUAAGACUUAUUUAUGUA